AGGUUUUCUUUCCACCAUGAAUGUGAAAGAUUAGGAUUACGAUUACCAUCACGACCAACAAGAUAACCCUAGCCCUAGUAGACCCUGCGGGAUUAUGUAAGCACGACUCACCAACAUGUUCUCACACCCUAUUCCUAGCAAUAUUCUCGAUGCGCCAUCCGUUGAUCGGAAUUGCCUCAUCCCCGUCCUCCCCUAUUGCUACUGAAGAAAACGCUCCCUCAGUUCUACCACCCCUUUGAUUUCAUGGUACUUGGAGUGAGGCUUUCAUCUAGCCUCCCCAGACAAUGGCUUGCUAUCGCAGAUCGACAUUGGCUAUGUCGCAUUGAUUGAAAGGUGAUGUUUCCCAUGUCGUUUUUACACUAUCGGCACACCGAUGCUUUUGCUAGAGACUGACUCGUUGGCUUUACUCGUUUCUGCUUGUCCUGAGGACUACAGCGACGACUUUUUCGACGGCGAGCUGUAGGGAAAGCAAUCGAGCCGGAUUCCUCCAGGACCAAAAGUUGCAAUGUUGGAAGAUCAUUCUGUCGUGGUUCCGGGCCGCUCGCGGCCGGUAGGCAUGGCAUUGCUCUGGUGCUCCGCCACGAUACUUGACUCGCUAUCGUUUGUCCCAAGAACGAGCAAUGUUUGGGGCCGGCGCGUGGAAGUGGUACGACGGAACCGAAAUUUGCGAGCGUCUAGGGGCACUAGAGCAAAAAGAGGAGACAGGCAAGAACAUGCUGGUCAAGCUCAAGUUGAUGACCAGACCGAAGAGCCCAGCAACUCCAACGCUCUGGGGUCAUCGAGCAAACCCGUGACGGAAGCCACGAUAACCGAUAAACAGCAUCCAGGUGGAGAAGUAGAAAGACAAGAAACACCAGGAUCGGAAUCUAGCACUGCAUCUGCUGCAUCAGCGACGGAGGUCGUGGUCCCGGCAAACGAGAACGAGAAACAAGCGCUGGCCUAUGAGUCUUCCAAGGACCACCAGCACCAGAAGCCCACGGAGCAGCCGCCCCAAACAGGGUCUGGUUCAUUAUUUCCUGCGGAGAAAGUAGUUGUGCCACAGAGUGAGGUCGCGCAGCAAGGUUUUACAGCUUCAACAUCUUCGACGAACCCACAAGUAGAUGAAAAGGCCCACGCUGAUGAUCAAAGUGAGGAACUAGAGUCAUACCAGACGGGCUCUAGCAGCGGAUCACCUAGCAUUCUGGGUUCAUAUUCAUCACCUGACGAGUACAUCAACUCCGUGCCAAACAGGCAGGGUUCUGGCGGUUCCUCGCGGCCUCUAUCAACGGAGGAGUUACAGCAGGCGUUGGCGGAGGCGUCCCCAUCUUCGACUACUAGCGGGUCGAAGGAGGACUGGUUAUCAGAGGACAAACAAGGUAGCUCUGGCCACCCGGUCAUCUCUGGGUCUUCAGGUUGGCAGGUGGUACCGCCGAGUCUUCCAAUCGGCUCCGAUAAUAGAUUUCUGACCAUGUCUCGAGGGGGGUCAUCGACCCCAUUGUCGAGAGACGAGCUGGAACAGGCUAUUGUGCACGACCAGGAUACCACUGAGCCUGAGGUGGACAGAAAAACGCGGCGUAUAACAACUGAGCUAGAAAGACCAGGGCAGCGUUCGGGCAACGGUCUGCCAGAAGAAUGGGUGCGGAGUAGAAAAGCCGACCAUAACAACCAACAAGUGCACAACGCCUCGGCAGAACAAGACCUGGCCCUCUCGGCUGGUGACUACAAUGCCAACUGGCGUGAAGAUCAUGCUAAGAAGGAAGUGACAACGUCGAAAACUACGGACGACGAUAGUAAACGCGACGACCAGACGCAGACUCCCGCAGUACAACCAACGACGGAACGAGGAACCUUGUUGGGAAGUUCUGGAACCUUGCACCCUCUUCCUGCAACCGGCGCCGCCUCUGCAAGUGAUGGCGCCCAACACAACGCACUUCUGCCCACGUCUCGAGAGACGGUCAGGCCCCUCCUUUCCAUGCGGGAGAGCGUUGCGAUCUACGACGAGUAUUUGGAACUGCAAAAGCACAGCGGAGUAGAGUACAAGAAUGGGGGCUGCUGCGGCGACGAGGAGUGGCAGAUGACGCACGAUGCAGACCUCAACAAUUUUCGGGCUGAAAAAUGUACAGAUAUUUUUUGCUUCAUGCGGAUGAGCAUACACAAUAUCAAUGCAUCAUGAUUUAAAGCAAGUACUAAUCAGUAAAUAUCGAUGUCGUCGUCGUGCGUUGAAAUUACUCCCUGCUCGGGCAAAAUGCCGAAACAAGAUGUGACGUUUCUUGCAAAAAAUGAGUAUGAGAAAUCGAAGAACUAGUUGAAAGCAACUCCAUAAUCACUACAGUUCCUGUUGUUCUGCACACACUGAAGUGUGGGAAUCCACACCUGCGAACGGUUUUUCGAGAUCUAGACGAAGGUCCUCUGGUGAAGGAUUGUCCUUUCCUAGGCAAGGAGGGUGCUGCGGAGACCUGGUGGAUCAAGCACGGAGCAAGUAGUGCACAAGAAGACGAGGAAUUGGAAGAGAACGCAGCGAACUUGGGUGUGACGACGGGGGCAGCAAACAUGACGGUCGUGAGCAGGGAGGAAGCAGAUUUGGCCAUAGCCCUGAAGUUUCUGUCCCGCAUCGUGUCGCCAGAGGCCGCCGUCGCGACCGUGCUGUACGAAGAACUGAUUCCCGUCUACAAUCGAGCGCAAGCGGUAAAACUGGUGGACAAAAUUCUAACACUAGCGGGGCUCGAGACCACCGCGUCCUCGAGCAGUAAGGCUAACACCGCAGCACAAGCUUCGGUCCAACCCACGGCCACGAACAUGCAAAUCAGCGGCUCUGCCACUGCUAAUCCCGCAUCGAGCGAGGCACAAGAGACAACUAGUGCACAAAAUACGACAAAUGUAAACAAUGCGUCCGCCUCUGACAUACCGGGGGCCGAGGCAACUUCGAACGCGUCUUCUUUUGCGGACCUUUCCUGUGUAGUUGCGGAGAGUGCGACUGAUCAAACAGCAGAGAAGUCGGAGGAGGUGCUGCGAGGAGAUGUAACCGUAACGCACGAUCAUCAGGAAACCCUGCAACAAGUCGGCAGUCGUGCAGACCCGAUGUCAACAGGACUGCACGACAGGGGACGACACGAAAUCAAAAGCGGAGAUCAUGGGCCGCCCACGGCGGCAUUUUCAACUGCGAGCGAAAGCGAAAGGGACCGCCGGAGGAAUAAUCUUCGUACCAUCAGGUCAACAAGGACUUCCGCCGAAGUGACAAAACCCAUGAUCGAGGAAAGCGUCCAUCUUUUACCAGCUUCAUCGUUUUUGAGUGAGGCCCCAAUCGGCAAUAGCACUGCAUCAACUUCUGCCACAGGCAAAGGAAGUGUGGAUCAUGAACAAGAUCUGGCCAGCCUGCAGCAGGGCGGCGCUGGAACCGGAACCGAUGGCCUCCACUUCGGCGGCGGUACCCGCCAACCCUCGCCGUUUCAUGAGACCUCAAUGGUCAAUAGCACUGCGUCAACUUCUGCCGCAAGCAAAGGAAGUGUGGAUCAUGAAACUGAUCUGACCAGCCUGCUGGACGGAGCUGGAAUCGGUGCCCUCCACUUAUUCGGCGGCGGUACCCGCCAACACUCGCCGUUUCAUGAGACCUCAAUGGUCAAUAGCACUGCGUCAACUUCUGGUUCUGCCACAAGCAAUGGAAGUGUGGAUCAUGAACAUGAUCUGACCAGCCUGCUGGGCGGCGCUGGAAUCGGUGGCCUCCACUUCGGCGGCGGUAGCCGCCAACACUCGCCGUUGCAGUCUGGCGGCACCCUCGCUGCGCCGGAGCCGAUUCCCGACCCAGACAUUGCGUUCGGAAACACGCUGCUGGCGCUGGAAGAUGUGGACAAGAUCACGGACCUGGGAAAGGCCCAGUUGCUGCUGCGGGAGCACAUCAGCCUGGCGCUGAACCGGAUGCACCUGACCGUCGAGCAGUACAUGGUGUGGAUGGAGGGGCCGGGGCUGCACCAAGGCGACCUGCAGCGCGCGUGGCAGUCCAUCCCCCUGCAAGAGCGAGCGGAGGUGGAGGUGGGCCACCUGGUGCCCUACGUGUACGGUGA